UUUUUGUCAAUUUCAGUAAUUUGAAAGUAUAUACAUUUUAGUAUGCAUGGAGCAUACAGGUACAGCUGUCUAGGUCCUUAUAUCUUAUACUAUUGCUGUAGUAUCAAAAUUCAUUGUAAAUACUAAUAUUUUUUUCCUCACAAUACCCUAAUAGGGAAACAUUCUUCCCAUUUUAAAGCUAGGCAAAUCAGACACGGAUAGUUAAGUGUAACUCCCCAGAGGUAACAAAGGAAGUCUGUGAUAGAGGUAGAAAUGAACCCGGGUGUUCCCAGUCCUAGGGCAGUAUUUUAACCAUGAGAUCCUGCUUGGCUUUACUGGUGUUAAUCUGGAGUAUUUUGACGAAGUGGAGUGACACAGGGGCAUAACUAAGAGCGGAAUUUGACCCCCUAAAUAUAACGCUGAGUUGCAAUAUAACAUGUACCUUGUAGGACGUUUGUUUUGAAAUGUCACAUAAGUUUUGUUUCCGAAUAAAACAAUGUUUAAAAACUGGUCAACUUUGAUUCUGGCACAAUUUAAAAGCAAAACUCCAAUCUAAUAUGUAAAGAGAAACCAACCCCGUCUUGGUUUGGGUGGGGAGUCGAAUUUCCAUCCAGAGUUGAAAGCAGGGCUGAGUUACACAAGUGAAGAAAGUGCCUCCUGGUGUCCCAGGAAUAAAGCUUGCGCGGGAUCAGUUAUUUGCUGUUUGAUGCUAGAUGUCACUGUCCCUCCCCCUGCCUAGCAAACCACAAGCUCUCUGAUUUUACCAGCAGGCAGCCGGUGCAUGUAGAGCAACAGCAGCAAGGCUGCUCUGUGUCUUCAACAUGAACUAUGAUGCUUCCUGAAGAGAACCAACAUUUCUGAUCAAAUUUCUCCCAUAUCAAGCAUCUCCACUCGCUUUCUCUGGACCAAAUGAAUGAUUUUAAGGCAGAAUUAGGUACAUAAAAGGCAUGAACAGGCUUGCACAUAACGACUGGCCACUUGUCUCCACUUUAUGAUGUCUUUCUCUGAGUAGAUCGGAUACCUCCAUGAACGUAACAAAUGUAUCAGGAAAUGGCAUUGCUCACUGGGAACGCAGAUCCUAAGUUCACUUCGUAUUCCUACAACAAUUUGGAAAACCUGUGCGAGGUGCAGACCAAGAAAGGGUUCUUCUUCAAAAAAGCCAAGCUUCUUCACCCUGGGGAAGACUUGUGCUGCUUGGCCCAUCUAGAGGACCGAACCAGGCAUGUGAUCAUCAAUGUAGGUGGCAUUAAAUACAGGAUUCCGUGGACCACACUGGAGAACUGCCCUUUGACCAGGCUUGGAAAACUGAAAUCUUGUAACAACUAUGAUGAGAUCAUGGACAUCUGUGAUGAUUAUGAUGUCAGCUGCAAUGAGUUUUUUUUCGACCGUAACCCUUGUGCCUUCAGGACCAUCAUGACUUUCCUGACAGCUGGGAAGCUGAGGCUUCUAAGGGAGAUGUGUGCCCUCUCUUUCCAAGAGGAGCUCGUGUAUUGGGGGAUAGAAGAGGAACACCUGGAGUGGUGCUGUAAGAAAAGAUUACGACAGAAGGAGGAGGAGGCAGCCGAGGCCAUGCUGUAUGAGAGGGAGAUGAUGGUUAAUGAAACUCCGCAAUGUGCCUUCCAGGACAAUAGCCGUUCGGGUUUGUGCAUGAGAAAGCUCAGGGAUAUGGUGGAGAACCCUCACUCAGGGAUCCCAGGAAAGAUCUUUGCUUGUAUAUCAGUCUCUUUUGUGGCCAUCACUGCAGUGAGUCUCUGUAUCAGCACCAUGCCAGAUCUCCAAGAAGAGGAAGAGCGGGGUGAAUGUUCUCAGAAGUGCUACGACAUCUUUGUGUUGGAGACAAUUUGCGUUGCUUGGUUUUCCUUUGAGUUCCUCCUGCGCUCCAUUCAGGCAGAAAGCAAGUGCGCCUUCCUGAAGACCCCCCUCAACAUCAUCGAUAUCUUAGCCAUCUUGCCUUUCUACAUCUCUCUGAUAGUGGAUAUGGUCUCUGCCAAAAACAGCAACAGGAAGCCUGGCAGUGGAGCAGGAAACAAGUACUUUGAGCGAGUGGGCCUGGUUCUACGCUUCUUGCGGGCUCUCCGCAUCCUGUAUGUCAUGAGGCUGGCACGCCAUUCACUGGGACUGCAGACACUGGGGCUCACUGUGCGCCGCUGCACCAGGGAAUUUGGACUCCUCCUCCUCUUCCUUUGUGUUGCCAUGGCCCUCUUUUCUCCACUGGUUUAUUUGGCAGAGAGCGAACUUGGAGCCAAGCAAGAAUUCACUAGCAUUCCCACCAGCUAUUGGUGGGCUGUAAUCUCCAUGACAACUGUAGGCUAUGGAGACAUGGUACCUCGGAGCAUCCCGGGACAGGUAGUAGCCCUGAGCAGUAUCUUGAGUGGUAUUUUGCUGAUGGCUUUUCCAGUCACUUCCAUCUUUCACACUUUUUCCCGCUCCUACACAGAGCUAAAGGAACAGCAGCAGCGAGCUGCAAGCAGACAGUUGCACCAGCUAGAGGAAACCACCAGAUCCCCAAAUGGUGACAGUUCUCAGGGACUGGGUACCUCCUCCCCACUAGACACAGCUGGGGUGUGGCGUCAGCCAGCAGUGAACCUGGAAGACAAGAGGAGGUGUUGACUGCAAACAACUAAAAGAUUUAGCCAGCAGCACUGAACUAGCAAAUGAGAGAGUUCCAGAUCUGAAACAAAACCCUAUGGAACGAACAUAAAUCAGGGUAUACAGUAAGACCUGUGCAAGAGACUGUCCUUCUUGAGUAACUAAAAACAACAUGGAGUACUCUUCUGCUCCCUCUUUUGUAGAAGGCUGCUUUCAUUAAGCAACUGAUUUUGGGCAGCCCCCAAGGAGCAGUUGCUUAAGCCAGGUUUCCACUGUGUCCGCUAACAAGAAAAAAAAAUUUGGAGAGAGAAUUCAUCCUAAGGGCCCAUUGCCGGGGGAAAUAAGGGUGCCAUUUACUGUACAUAAGCUUCCUGGCAGCCCUACUCUGUGCUGAGAAUGUCCCAAACCCCUUAUUCCCUGUGCACAAUGCAUUCAAUCUAUGUGGCACCUCCAUGGGGUGUACAUCUCAAAAUGUAAAGGGGAAAGUUGAAAGAUGGGGGAGAGAGGCCUGCCUUGGCCAGCAGAACGGCAGAUUUAUCCCUAUUCCCUGGUCUUUUAAUAAAUAGUGAUUAUUUAUUUAUUUUUUAAAUUGGGAACCAUAAUCUGGGCCGCCUGCUGACAGGUCUGACUCGUGCUCUUGCUCUUUAUGCAUUAUUUAGUAAACAUGCAUAUCUACAAUAGUAGGCUUUGCACCUUAGCCCUGAUGACAUAACUAUACAUGGACAACCUUGUUAAUGAUACUGAACGUCAACUUCUUUUCCUUUGCUCAUAUUUGCAUAUGGCUUAAAAAAUGUGUUCCUCUGUUAGCUGCCUCCUUCCUGUGUUUUAAAGACUGUUUAACAUUUAAGCAAAAAUUAAAAGCACCUGCCCAGUAGGGGUAGCCUUACGGUAAGGCAGGAUGGGAAUAGUUGCAGACACUCAUGUCUGUAGUUUUCUGCAGUUGUACUUUGAAGACUGCAGCUCUAUACAAAGGGUUUGAUCCAAACCCAUUAAGUCAAUGGGAGACUUUCCAUGGACUUUGGGGAUCAAGCCCCAAAGCAGCAGCUGUCCCACAUGUUAGGGAAUAAUCUUGGGAAGAGAUGAUCUUCUCAGACCCAGGUUACAACUGUCCAUCCCUCCCUUCCCCCUAGUUUUCAUUCCAAAAGAUCACUGCAUUUAAACAAAAAGUCUGUGCCACAAAAACUCAAACAUUUUUUGUUUACUGAAUCAAAAUUUUCAUAUCAUGAGCAUCUGGGAGCUCUCUGCCCCUUGCUGCUCCUUCUUCGCUGUGUAGCUAGUUCAGUUCAGCGUGUAGCGUACAGCUGGAUGGAUUCCUAAUACUGGGUAUCAUUUAAGAAAAACAGCAUUGAUGGGCACCUCAUUCUUUACUGAUGUAGGAACAUUGCACUGCCCUUUUCUGUUCCACCCCAGCUGUCAGGAAAUGAACAAAUACUCGUAUAUUACAGAUGGGUUUUUUUCCCCAAUGGAGACAAGAAUAACCCUACAUUAGAAGAUGACUGUAGUAAGCCAUUCCUCAAAGGAAUGGACUGAAAGACAUAAAAGGUUGUUUUAUUUUAAUAAAAACUGGAAGUUUUGUUCCUG